AUGAGCAAUGAUCUGCCUGUUCUGACAAGUCUGACUGAGAACUCCACUGAUGUGCCCGUGUCAGCUGGCCAGGUGGAGAACUAUGUGCUGCUUUUGGUGCUCCUGAGUGUUUUUGCCGGGGGGACGCUGGUCCUGCUCUCCCUGCUGCUGCUCUUCUGUCACCGCUGCUGUUUAGGUGGACGCCGGUAUUCCAGAGCAAGCGAUGACCCUGAGAAGACAAACACAACUUAUGCCGAGGAUUCUCAGCCCACACAAGAAAUCACAAUUCGUCUGGAUGAAUCAGACGCUCUCUCAGCUUCUAGCUGCCAUGAUGGCGAGUCGGAACGAUUCGUUUCCACCGGGUCCACUGGACGAAGAGUCUCCUUCAACGAAUCUGCACUUUACGAACAGGAGAAAAUGACUCAGGACAAAGGGCGAAGGUACACUCUGACUGAAGGAGACUUCCACCACCUGAAAAAGGCCCGGCUGACCCACCUUCACCUGGCUCCAGCACCAUGUGACUUGAAAAUACUCACCAUCAUGGAGUGUGAUUCGACAGAGAGCAGCACCAUCAACAUCAGUGAGACUGUAGCAUCCAAGCUGCCUCUCACCAUCUACCAGCCUGCUGAGAGAAGAGUCCCUGAAUGGAUGGGACAGAGUCUGAGUGGUGGGCUUCCAGGAGACCCACAUCACUCCAUUGUCCAAGAGCAUGGAUGCAGGCAGUCCUCAUCAGCUUUAAAAACACAGCACACACGGUCGCAGACAGUGGAGGCUCUCGGGGACAGGGGGGAGGCUGAGAGUGAAAGGGGACUCAGAGGGGAACCCGUACAGGCUCAGGCCCAAACAUCGGUCCUGCAUUUCUUCUCUAAACUGCGACGGCAUGCCAGCCUAGAGGGGGCUGGGCCCUACUUCAAAAGGUGGAAGUUUGAUACGAGUCACCGCGCUGCUAGCCUGGACGCCAAAGGUUUGUUCAGAUCCCGGUCCCCGAGGAGGAGGCCCUUUCAGAGACAGAGAGCAGCGAGUGAAACCACAGACCACACUGAAGACGACUCCUCUCCUCUCCCUGAUGAUGCCUUUGAGUCUUUCCCGCACACUCCCGUCCUGACCGGUGGCCUUCAGUCCCUCUCGGCAGAGUCUCUCUCUCGCCCUGCAGCUGCAUCCACAUCUUCAGUCUUCCUCAGGAGGCCAACAUUACAGGCUAUGGUGGAGAUGGGUGGUAGCAUCAACUCCAAGAAGGAGGAAGUCCGUGUACCAUCGGAUUCCACUCAAGGGCAGGACGAGGCUACGGUCAAUGGCACAGGAGGGGAGACGGAGACGAUGUUCGGAUCGGUGGCGGGAGACGGGCCAGAACGGGCUCACGACCCGUUUGGGGCAGACCAAGAAGCCGCCGCUCAGGAAAGGUUUGAGGACAUGUUGAACGAGACCACAGGCACAAAGACGGACGGAGGAACGACGUUGGCGAGGAAAACCAACGAAGCAGAGGAGGAUGAUGGAGACGAAUCGGAGCUGGGGUUCGAAGCCAGAAAGAGGACGGACUCGGGUUCCUCUCUGUCCUUCAUGACGCGUCAGGAGAGCUCGGAGGCCCCUCCCUCCCUGUACAGAGACAUCUGGAGCCUACGGGCCUCCCUGGAGCAGUACGCCUCCUCGGACCAGAGCAGCACGGACAGGGAGUCCAUCCGCAGCGACGCCGACAGUGUCUCGUCCGUGGGCGGCGGAGGGGCUCGCUCCGCCCUGGACAGCUGCCUGUCGCAAGACCUGGACGACGAGCCCGAGGGAGAGGCGGGCGGGGACGGGUCGGAGGCCGGGGCGAGGGGGGCCUCGGGCGUGGACAGCGAGGCGGGGGGUGGAGCCGGAGGAGAGGGGGAGGGAGGAAACAGGAAGCUUCUCCAAAUGGACAGCGGCUACGCCUCCAUCGAAGCGCCGACCAGGGCCCCCGAGGACAUGCGGCUCUUCGGGACCCCCGGGGCGCCUCGGGGAAAGACGGCCUCUGAGAGGAGGCUGUUCUUCACCAGCUCCGGAAGGAAAGGCUCAGUGUGCGAGAGCGUCGACGCCCGGCUGUUUCAGGAAGAACUGGAGGACCAGAUGGCGGAUGGCGCCGAGACGGCCGACAAACUGAAGCAGAAGCCUCGAAGCGGCGGCCUGUUUCACACCCUUCAAGAACCGCAUCAGCUCCUGAAGUCCCUCAGCCCUCAGAAAGUGCUGGAUCAUCAGCCUCUGGCCUCUCCGCUGAUGAAAGCGGGCACCCAGCCCCCCAGUCCUCACCGGCCUCGUCUGCGCCGCCGCGACUACAGCAUCGACGAAAAGACGGACGCUCUCUUUAACGAGUUCCUCCGCCACGACCCGCGCUUCGACCAGCAGGACUCUCCGCUGCGCUCCAGGCACAGAUCCAGGAUCCACCUCCGGAAACAGUGGCAGAGACACAAGCAAUACAGCGACCCCGGGUCAGCCUCCGGGGGGAGGUACUCUCCGUCUUUGGAGAGGCAGAGGUUUAGUCCACUGAAGAGGGGGGACAGCGCCGGAUACCCCCUGGACACCAGGUAUCACAGCACCCUCUCGCGCAUAGCCAGCGCUGCGGAUGAAGAGGCCAGCGAGGUCGCGGCCUCUGAGGAGGCGGCCAAAGAGAGAGCGGAGGGAGAGGGCCGAUCUGGCGAAGGAGCUGCGGGGAACGCCACGGCGAGGGCCACCGUCGAAACCUGCGAGGGAGGCGAUCUAACGGCGAGCGCCGGUAACGCGGACAGCUGCCCGGAAGACCCACAAAGCACAACCGGUCAGCCUGCUAGCCACAUGGAUCCAAGGGUGGACAAUAGGAACAACAACAGCAGUCAGGCCAUCCUGUCCGAGGUCUCUCUGCGUGCCGAGAGCAGCCUGACCGACAAGCUGGCGGCGUCGGUGGAGGAGAGGCUCUACGCCGGCCUGAGGAGUGCAGAGAAGCCGGAACGGGGAGGAUCAGACUGCGCGGUGACCGUGUCUCGCACGGCCUCACCAGGGUUCAGUCCCAUAUAA